ACAACAACUCCCAUACGCCAUCCAAACCUCCAGAUCUUAAAAAAGCAACCAUGACCCCCAAGCCCCGCACCCUGCUCCUCACCCUCGACGCCUUCGAAACAAUCUUCCACCCCCGCCAACCGGUGCCCGACCAAUACGCGUCCGCCGCCCACGCCUUCGGCCUCCCCAAAACAGUAAUUACGUCCGAGCGCAUCCAAGCCGCCUUUAAAUCCGUCUUCAAGGCCCAAUCCAAAGCACGCCCGAACUACGGCCGCGCGGAUGUCCUCCUCGGUCAAUACAACGGCCCCCGGCAAUGGUGGGAGGAAAUCAUCCGCGGGAGCUUUUCCCGGGUAAUCGCAGAACACAACAGCCACAGCAACCGUAAUGCUCAAAUCGAUGUGCCUGAGGGACUGAUUGGGCAUUUACUUGAUCGGUUCGCGAGUAGGGAGGGGUAUGCGCUUUAUGAGGAUGCAGGGCCUUUCUUUGCGCGGAUGGCGGAGGCGAAGGCGAAGGGGUUGGGGCCGUUUGAGAGGGUUUUGUUGGGGGUUAUUUCGAACUCGGAUGAUCGGGUUCCUGCUGUGUUGAGGUCUUUAGGGUUGGUGGUUGGUGGGUGUAGGGCUGAUGAGGGGGUUGAGAGUGGGCGGUUGCCUGGGUUUGAGGAGAGGUCAGCGGCGGAGAGGGUGUCUGCCAUUGAUAGGGUGAAGGAUGUUGAUCUGGUUGUUACGAGUUAUGAAGCGGGGGUGGAGAAGCCGAGUCCUCGGAUUUUUGAGGUCGCGGGGAGGCAGGCGAGGGCUUUGGUUGGUGCUGGGGCUUCAGAGGAGUGGACUUGUAUGCAUGUUGGGGAUGACUUGGAGAAGGAUUAUCGGGCUGCUGUUGGGGCUGGGUGGGAUGGGUAUUUCCUUGCCCGGAGGGAUGAGGCGAGGGACCUUGAUGGGGUUAGGGCCAUUCGAUCGCUUGAGGAUUUGAUUACGGUGCUGGAGGGCUAUAGAUGAUCUAGUCCUGGUCCUAUGUUGGGUGCUUGUUAUGUAUGAUUGUAUGAUCAAGAUCUUCUCUACUCCGUUUCUUGGGUAAGUAGUUGUAUGAUAUGAACGGCAGCUUGUAUUUUAUAAACGAAUAGAAAGGAAACACCCAUGCUAUUGAAUUGAUAGAGAAGGGAUCACUGAGUGAGUGGCCCCAGCUACGUGGCAUGCGAGCUCUUUGUUA